UCAUCUGUUAUAUAAAUAAUGAUUAUUCAUAGCAUUUUAAAGUUACAUCCAAAACAAAUCACUCCAUGCCUUAUAAUGUCUCACACGGUUACAUGCCCUACAAGAUAUCAACAAUCUGCACCAGAUGGCGGUAGUUCCAAGUGCUCAUCUGAAACGUAUCUAAAAAGGGCUGAAAAACCUGGUAAAGUUCGUAUGGGAUUCAUACCAGAAGAAUGGUUUUUAUUCUUUCAUCCUAAAACUGGUGUUACAGGCCCAUACAUGUUCGGCAUAGUCGUCGCGAACUAUUUAUUCAGUAAAGAGAUUUAUGUUAUGGAGCACGAAUAUUACACCGCAUUGUCAAUAAUACCUAUGUUGUACCUGGCCAAUACUAAACUUGGGCCAGGGCUUGCUAAAAUGUUGGACAAAGAUAUAGACGACUUAGCCAAUUCUUUAGAAAAACGUAGGGAAGAUGAGAAGAGCGUUUUCGAAAAUGUUAUCAAGGAGUCGAAGACAGCUCAAUGGAGAGCUGAAGGACAGAAGUUAUUAAUGGUUGCUAAAAAGGAGAACGUUGCAAUGCAACUCGAGGCGAUAUACCGGGAGAGGUGUAUGCAACUAUUCCUUGCGGUCAAAGGCCGAAUGGACUAUCAGGUAAAGCUAUAUCGAGCUUCCGCUAGGAUACAGCAAAAGUGGAUGGUACAGUGGAUUAUUCAGAAUGUCAUGAAGUCUAUUACUCCAGAAUUUGAACAGGCGUAUUUAAGUAAAGCUAUUGGAGAUAUAGCCACCAUAGCAAACCGUGCUCCUAAAUAA